UGCCUUGCUUAGAGGGUCAUUGCAGUAACAUAAUUCUAGCUAAGUCUAAGAAAAAUGUAUCCUGCAGUAGGUGAACAAGAUGAGUCAUAUGAAGCUCAUCAUAGCCAUCCAAGCUAUAUCGUACCAGUGGUGGCGCCUCCAACUUAUGGCCGUCCCCAUAUACCAUCUUAUGCUCCUCCGUACAUCAGCAACAGUGUUAGGGGUCCUAUGAUCAGGACACAGCGAUGGUCAACUGGUCUUUGUCAUUGUCUUGAUGAUCCUGGAAACUGUUUGGUCACCUGCUUCUGCCCUUGCGUUACAUUUGGAUUGAUAGCAGAAAUAAUAAAUAAAGGCAAUAGAAGUUGCACUUGUAAUGGGGCUAUUUAUGCGACACUGCUAUCUCUGAGCGGGCUUGCAUGCUUGUACUCAUGCUAUUAUAGGUCCAAAAUGAGGGCACAAUAUGAGUUGCCAGAGGCUCCAUGUAUGGAUUGCUUAGUUCAUUUCUGUUGUGAAACCUGUGCUCUAUGUCAGGAGUAUAGAGAACUAAAAAACCGUGGAUUUGACUUGAGCAUAGGUUGGGAAGCCAACAGGGAAAGACAAGGACAAGGAGCUAUACUAUCACCUGUAAUGUCACAGACUAUGACCAGAUGAAAAGUGAAACAUGUUUUUGUGGCAA